AUGGCACCCAAUGUGGACCGGGAUGCUGUCCCGGGGACAUUUACUCUGGUGGAUCUGGACCAUGUCAUGGCGAGUCGUCACUUGGAUCGCGGCGAUAGUGACAUCGUUCUGGUUCCGCAACCGUCCAAUGAUCCCGACGACCCUCUGAAUUGGUCUCCGAGACGGAAGCUGCUGUCUACCGUCUGUGUUAGCGUGUACACCAUGUUCAAUGGAAUCGCAUGUUCGGUCGUCUACUCGGUUCUGGUUCCUCUCUCUGAAGCGACAGGCGUCAGCGUCAGUACGUUGAACGAGGGGACGGGGUAUCUGUUUCUGCUGGCAGGCUGGAGUCUUUUGUUUUGGCAGCCGUUUGCAUUGCAGUACGGCAAACGGUUCACUUAUAUCUUUUCUCUGAUUGGAGCCGCGGUACGACUCUUCGAGACCUUCCAAUUGGAUCCCUUCAUAACUAGCAACGGGCAAUGGAUUGGCCGCAGCAUCCUUGCCGGGUUCUUCACGGCCCCAAUUGAAGCUCUUCCGGAGGUGUCUGUCACGGAUGUGUAUUUCACCCACGAACGGGGGACAUACAUGGCUCUGUAUGCCUUCUUUCUCGCCGGGAGCAACUACUUUGCGCCGGUGAUCUGCGGGUUUAUCGCCGAAUAUCACGGCUGGGAAUGGGUGUUCUACUGGCCUGCCAUCUUCUGCGCCUGUGCUGUCGUGUUCCUGUUCUUCUUCAUGGAGGAGACGAGCUAUUCGCGUGGCACGGCUCAUUCCACACCGGGGGGUGCCGUUGAGUCGCCUACCACGACUUCGGAGCAUGGCGACCCGGAAAAGACGGUACCUGCUGACUCGCAAGGAGACACGGCAUACGGCACGGUCUACACGAAGAAGACGUAUCUCCAGAAAUUGUCUCUGUGGGGGCCUCGACAGCCCAGGAACAACAUGCUUCGGCGGCUCUACCACACGCUGUACUAUCUAUCAUGGCCGGUGAUCUUCUACGCGGGGUUCUCCUACGGGUCUUAUCUGGUGUGGUUUAACGUGUUGAAUGCCACUGCCUCGAUAAUUUUGGGCUCUGCGCCGUACAACUUCAGUUCCUCGAUGGUUGGACUUAGCUACGUUGCAUGCUGUAUCGGGGUAGUCCUCGGAUCCCUAUUCACCGGCCGCUUCAGCGACUGGCUGACUAUUCGCCUGGCGCGCCGCAACAACGGAGUCAUGGAAGCCGAGCAGCGUCUCUGGCCCUUUGCAAUCUGCCUGAUCAUACUUCCGGGGGCCCUCAUUCUCUGGGGUGUGGGCGCGGCCCACCACGUCCACUGGUUCGGACUGUUAGUUGCCAUGUGCGUUCUGGCCAUGGCCAACACGUGUGGGAUCACGCUCAGCGUCAACUACAUGGUGGACAGCUACCGGGAGCUGAGUGGCGACGCAAUGGCCAGCAUCAUCCUGGUGCGAAACACGAUGUCUUUUGCCAUUGGCUACGGAAUCACACCGUGGAUCAACAACCUCGGAUACCAGAACUGCUUCAUCUCGGCCGCCUUCAUCGGCAUGGCCUGUUCCGCCGUCUUCCUAGUGAUGAUCAAAUGGGGGAAGACGUUCCGGACGCGCAGUCGCGAGAAGUACUGGAACCUAGUGGUAGAGAACUGGGAGAAAGGAAUGAGCCAUUAA